AUGGCACGAGUACUGUCCAAACUCCGUCAGGGCCAACAGUGGCUCAAGACGAAGCUGAAGUGGCAACAACGUUCAGCGUCCUUGGGACAAGCUCCAGCUUCUGAGGAGAGAGGAGUAAAUAUUGGCGCGCCAACGGAUUUUCGCCGUGCAGAUGUGACGCUCGGUACGGAUUGUGAAGGCCGACCGGUUCUGGUGGAGCAGGCUAGGGAAGAUGCCCAGGCGAUAUUCAAUGCGAGCAAGAAGACGGACUCGUCCGAGAAGGAAGUUGUUAGCUAA